AUGAAUUUCAAACAAAGAGCUUUAUCAAACAGCACAGGCAAACCGAUGCUAAAGAAUUUAAUUAUGAUACAAUGUGAACGAACGACCAGCAAUUGCUUUGAAGAUCAACCGAUCAGGGAGGACACGAAAGCCUGCGAAGAGACUAGGCGGCAAUACGAAAGGAAUGAGGUAUUCAGAUCGCAGGUGGAACGAUUCAUCGAGAUUUCCAAAUAUUUCUCGAGUCCUCUACGCAAGACAGCCUCCUACAUAUGCGAGAAUCGACUAGUCUCGUAUCCGAAUCCUUACAGAAUUGAAUACAAGCGCGGCGGAGUCACGACACAGCACAUAAAAUUUUGUAAUCUUACUUUGGAACCGGUGUUCAUCAAACUCUAUAAGCUCAUACCUGACUUGGAACAACUUAGAUAUACAAACUUGUCUUUAUCAAGAUGUAAGCGAAUACCACCGGGUCUUGCAUUCAAUUUGGGAUUUGUGUACGACGAUGUUAAUGAGAAACCAUCGUGUAACGCGAAAAUGGUAUUCGUUGCGUCUCGGAGGACUUCUACACCGUGCUAUCAAAUAUGCGAGAUCGAAUUACAUAUCGGAGCGCAAAUGGUUAGCGACUGCGCCAUUUUCCGAGCGCGCAUGCGAAAAUAUUCCGGGAGUGAGGGAGACAACGUCGUCCAAGGCGUUUGUCAGACAAGGACGGGUGACGAUACGCUGCUGCCGCUGAGGUCAGGGAACCACAAGUGGGUCGGCUGCGGCUCCAUCCUUCCUUAA